GCUCUAUCCAUUUCUCAUAAAUUAUUUUGAGUUACGCAUUAAAUAACAAUUAAAAUGAUGAUUUUGGAACAAUAACUCGAAAAUUAUCAUUUUAAAUGUUAUAUGUCUUUGUCUUAUUAAUGAUUUACCUUAUGAAUAUUAUUAUAUGUUAAAUUUUAUAUGGUACUUAAAAUCCUACGAUUCUACGAUUCGAUUUUACGAUUCCGAUUUUACCCCAAUUUUCGAUAUUAGAUAAAAUCCCGAUUUUGACUGCUUUGCCCAAGUCAAAUACUUGGGUGAAGUAAUCAUAAAUCGAAAGUGACCUAGCAGUAGGUUUAAAGAAGCACAAAGCACUCUAAAAAUGUUUUCAUAAAGUACUAAAGAAAUUUAGUUGAACAUUAUGAGAAUGGAUGCGGAAGAAAUCAAUUAUCUUAAUCAUGACUGUCUUAAUCCCCAUUAUUCUUCCUCUCCAGACCCUUAAUUGAAGGUGUUGCAAUUUCCUUGUCAUGGUGGAGAAGAUGUUACCUCAACUCAAAUACAUGUUUCAAAUAACAAAUACAAUUAGGGUUGGGAAUCGGUGCGGUUAAAAUGUAGCCAUUUAUGCCAACCGCGACCGUACCGCAAACGGUUUGCGGUUAACCACUAACUGCAAAGUGUGGUUAACAGUUAACCACGGUUAACCAUGUUACUAACUAUUUUUAUGGUUUAAGGAUAUUUUGGUCUAUGAUUGUGUCACUGUGUCACGGUUAACCGCACUAAUUGUGGUUAACCAUAGGUAACCGCGUUAGUAAUUGAUUAAAUUGUUCGGUUGCGGUCCACAACCCUCAAAACAUAAUAUUUAUUUUUCGGUUUGUCAGCUUUCUGGUCAGGUUCUGUUUCAAGCUCUCCCGCCAAGAGGUACAUUUAGAGGCGGAAAUGUCCUUUCUUCUCAAGAGCCUAACUUGUCUUGUCUUCCCCUAUCUUAGGUCGGGAUGGACCCAUUCGAAUGACACCAUCUCCGCUACAGUGUCAUCUGGUUUGGUCACAUUCACUCCUUCCUUCACAUUGUUUGCUAGGAUAUGUUUCUUUCCAUUAACUGCUGAUCAUAAAUCCCAAUGAGAAUCUUAAAAUACUUACGUCGAACAACAUGCACCCAAAGCUUAAAGAAUUAGGGCGCAAUCCUAAACGUAAACUAUUACGAAUAUUCCAAAUAAGAACAAUUACUAUUUUUUGGGAUAAGGGUGAUAUCGGUUCAAUUUAUGUUGUUUAAUUAGGUAAUAAUUAAAGGAUUCGAACCUGAAUCCUCUAGGUUGUUAGUGUUGUGGUGUAUGAUCCACGAUUGAACAUCUCUCAACAACUCGAGUUAUUGGGAUCAACUGGUUCUUGACAUGGUAUCAGAGCCUUCUGUGACCAAGAGGUCUUGUGUUCGAUACCUGGUGACCCAUUUGUUAAGCACAGACAUGUGCAAACUUCAAGCCCUUGUGAGUGGCUUUCAUUUGAGGGGGCGUGUUAGUGUUGUAGUAUAUGAUCCACGAUUGAACCUCUCCCAACAACUCAAGUUAUUGGGAUCAACUGGUUCUUGACAUAGGUUUAAAGCUAGUGGUAUUACCAGUAAACCAAGCUCUUGUUUUUUUUUUUGUCAUAGAUAGAUGGUAAUAGAUAGAGUAUUUCAAUGUGGUGGAAAUGAAAGAGCAGCAGUCAACCAAAUAAGUUGCUACCGAUGCAAGGGACCUUUGUGCCACUCGAUGGGCAGCCCUAAUAGUACUACGAAGAGCAAACACAAAAGGUACAAAUGUAAAAGAUGUAUUUGAUGAGGUUAUUUACCGUGUUUGGGCUCUUGGGUUAUUUUUGGAUUGGGCUAGGGUGUUUUUCUUUUGGGUCCAGUUUUCCUUUUGUGUUUGGGAAGGGGGUAGCCGAAAAGGGGUAGGACUAGGUUAAGUAUUAGGCUUUUAUAAGCCUAUAAAUUAUUACCUUUGGCAUUAGUUCCGUAUCAAUGAAAUAAAUCAAAGGUUUAUAGACACCAACGUCUUUCUCUCGCUUGUGAGUUACAAGCAAACCCCUUGAAUCGUGAGUUACAGUUCAUCAAUUGGUAUCAGAGCCUGGUUACGCAUCCUACUGGGAAGGGUAACAUGGUCCUGGACCUAGCCCCCUACCGCGUCCUUGCACGCAAUGCGAAGAUAGCGCUCGAGCAGACCAAGGUUUCCUAUGCACAGCUAGCAAAGUCGCGUGAAAGGUUCACGACAUUAUGUCACGAACGGGAGCUGAGCGCCAACCGCACAAUCAUCUUCGGAGGAGAGCGAAGCGACGAUAACGUGGCCCGCGUUGACGCCAAUGAACCUAGGGCGGCGGUGGAUAUCAAGAUCUCCGUCAACGAGAUCGGAAGGAAGGAAACAAUGCUCAAAGAGGAUUCUCACCUAUGCGAGGCUCUCAACCAACGACCUGGAAGCGAUGGGAAGGAAAUAGUGUGUCGUGGUGGUCACCACCUCGACGAGGCUCUCAUCUAUCAGUUCGCGGUUAGGGUUCAAUCUAAGAGAGGCAAAGCUACGGUUCAAAAUGGAAGUUCGCUGGGAUCGCUCGAGUGACUGCCAUCAGUACGGCGUCCCGGGUGGAACUUGUGAAAUUCGAUGAACCGGUGAGAGAUUUGUGGCCGCAAGCACUUCUCCGUCCAAAUUAGUGCCCAAGGCAAACAACGUUGUGGGGGUAAAGAUGGUGACUACGAUGGGUGGCUAUCUCUGUUGUUUUUAUGGCCCAGAUCACACAUGGGAGGAGAAUCAUUGGACCAUGCUACCAAUGACCAAGCUGUAGAUCUGAGAGUACUAGCCACUACAAGGAAGAAGAGUAGAGGCCAGAGUGCAAGCUGGAAGUGUCGGAAGCCACGGGAGCCUCAACGUCGCCGCAAGAGUUGCUGUUGUUUUCGUCGUCGACCACCGCGUCCCGGCAUUGGAACGAACCUUGGGGAUCAAGGUUCUUUGAGGGGGAAGGAUUGAUGAGGUUAUUUAUCGUGUUUGGGCUUUUUGUUUAUUUUCGGGUUGGGCUAGGGUGUUUUUCUUUUAGGUCCAGUUUUCCUUUUGCGUUUGGGAAGGGGGUAGUCGAAUAGGGGUAGGACUAGGUUAAGUAUUAGGCUUUUCUAAGCCUACAAAUAUGUACCUUUGGCAUUAGUUCCGUAUCAAUGAAAUAAAUCAAAGAUUUAUAGACACCAACGUCUUUCUCUCAUUUGUGAGUUACAAACAAAACCCAUGAAUCGUGGGUUACAGUUCAUCUGUCUUGAGCAAUUGCACUUCUUCGAACACCACGCCAUCACGAUCAUGGUUGACAUCAUUCAUACUUGCAAACAAAGGUCCGGUAGCCUGUGAAAACAAUGCUACCUCCCACAAAUUUAUAGGUUAGACUACCCAACUCAACAAAACACAAUAAAUCGAGCUCUUGUUUAUCCAAAUAAGAACAAUUACUUGAUAAGAAUGACAUAAUUCAAAAUUUAAAAUUGGCCCCAUGGGCUGACCCAUGCUACAAUGCAUCAAUCCUCCCCCUAAAAGUCUUUGUCCUUGAAGUUCAAGCAUCAAGGACGAUUCAGGAUGAUGCCAUGCCAUUUUUAUCCACUCCCUGCAUUGGUCGAGGACUUCAUUUUGCUUUUGCAUGAUGCCAUGGCCAUUUCAAUUCGCUCCCUGCAAUGGUCGAGGCAUUCAUUUUGCAUUUCUUCCUCUUUGCGCCACGGAACCAUCUAUCUAUCUAUCUAUGAAUAUUAUAUUUAUAUUUAUCAUCAAUACAAUUAAAGUUAGAAAGUAUCUACUGUUUCAUAAGGGUUAUGCUAAUGUGACAGGUAGGUUAGUUUUGUUUGCCCACAGACAUUUUUCUAUUGACCUAUUGCUAAUUAUUUUGUACUGUUUGGUUUUGGCUAAUAUUCUAAUUGAACUUUUUGCCACCUCCUCCUCAUUAAUGCACUAUUCCAGAACACACUUUCUCGUUGCAAGUAGGUCUACAAGCAAAGAUUGCCAUGAAUCAAUCCAACAAAGCUAAAAAUAUGUUGAUUACUGUUAUAAAUGGGGAGGGGAUUCAUUAGCAAGACACCACCAAAUGUAUUGAUGUCUUAUGGCUGAAAAUUAAAGUAAUAUUCUUUAACAUUGGCUCAAAAUUAAAGUUAACAUUGUGAUAUUUUAUGUUACAAUCGCAAUUUAAUUGUGGUUAAAUCAGGCUUGACACAUUGCUCCAACCCGAGUUUCGAUGCAUGUUGAUCAAUAUAAUUAAAGUUAGAAAGUGUCUACUGUUUCAUAAGGGUUAUGCUAAUGUGACAGGUAGGUUAGUUUUGUUUGCCCACAGACAUUUUUCUAUUGACCUAUUGCUAAUUAUUUUCUUCUGUUUGGUUUUGGCUAAUAUUCUAAUUGAACUUUUUGCCACCUCCUCCUCAUUAAUGCACUAUUCCAGAGCACACUUUCUCAUUGCAAGUAGAUGUACAAGCAAAGAUUGCCAUCAAUCAAUCCAACAAAGCUAAAAAUAAGUUGAUUACUGUUAUAAAUGGGGAGGGGAUUCAUUAGCAACACACCACCGAAUGUAUUGAUGUAUUAUGGCUGAAAAUUAAAGUAAUAUUCUUUAACAUUGGCUCAAAAUUAAAGUUAACAUUGUGAUAUUUUAUGUUACAAUCGUAAUUUAAUCGUGGUUAAAUUAGGUUUGACACAUUGCUCCAACCCGAGUUUCGAUGCAUGUUCAAAAUUAAUCAAAAAUUGUAAAACAAUAUCAAAGGUCGUAUUGAAAAAAUUAGCAUUAGGUCAUUUUGUGCUAAAAUUGUAUUUCAGCCGUGGUUAAAUAAUUUCAUACAACUAAAAUCACCUACCGAUUUUAAUUCCAUUAGGAGUUUUUCUAUUGGACCGCCAGUAUGGUUCAAUUGUAGUUCAACUGUGGUUAAGUCAGGUUAGACACAUUGCUCCAACUCGAGUCUCGAUUUAUGUUAAGAAAAAAACCUAAAAUUGUAAAACCAUACAGAACGUUAUGCCAGAAAAGUUACCAUUAGGGUAUUUUGUGCUAAAAUCGUAGUUCAAUCGUGGUUAAAUCAGGCUUGACACGUUGCUCCAACCCGAGCAUCGAUUUAUGUUCAGAAAAACCAAAAUUUGUAAAACCAUAUCUAAGGUCGUACUUUGUGCUAAAAUCGUUGUUCAGCCGUGGUUAAAAUCAUGCUUGACAUGUUGCUUCAACCCGAGUCCCGAUGUACAGAAAAAUCUAAAAACUAUAAAACCACAUCGAAGGUCGUGCCGAAAAAGUUAGCAUUAUGAUAUUUUGUGCUAAAAUCAUAAUUGAAUCUUGGUUAAAUUAGGCUUGACAUGCUGUUUCAACCCGAGCCUCUAUAUAUGUUCAUAAAAAAACCAAAAAUUAUAAACCAUACCGAAGGUCGUUACUGAAAAAUUAGAAUUAGGACAUUUUGUACUAAAAUCAUAGUUCACCCGUAGUGAAAUCAUUACAUACAGGUAAAAUCACCUACCAAUUUAGAUUUUUUAUGAAUUUUUCUAUUGUAUCGUUGCUAACCGCGGUUAAAAAUCAAAUACGGGUUAGCAAAUAAUACUUCUAAUCAUAUGAAAAGCCAUAGCGAAGUGCGGUACAAAAUCUACCUGGUAUUAAUUAAAGAUAUAAUAGUGUAAUUGUUCAAUUAGGGUUUUGCUAAUAUGAACCAGCUGUCAUUAUGUUUGCUCACCCGCAACACCUCUGCACCCAUAUAUACAUGGUAAAAGCGUUCCUCUGUAGUCACGUACACGUGUGGUCUUUAUCUUAUGGCAUUUUUUUCAAUUUUUGUGGUUUGCAUGAGAGUAAUUUCAUAGUUUGUGAAACUUUAUUAAAGGUUGUACCAAAAAAGUUUGCGAUAGGGUAUUUUGUAUAAAAAUUGUGUUUCAACAGUGGUCUAAUCAUUUCAUUUGUGUUAAAAACCACCUAUAGAUAGGAUAAUUUUACAGUCAAAUCUUCGGUAUUGUAUGGUUUUACAUACACUUAUUAAUUUCCUCCGACCCAUUUAUAGAUUUCCAUGAGAAUUAAUUAAAGAUAUAAUAGUGUAAUUGUUCAAUAAGGGUUUUGCUAAUAUGAACCUGCUGUCAUUAUGUUUGCUCAUCCGCAAGACCUAUGCAACCAUAUAUACAUGGUAAAAGCGUUCCUCUGUUGUCACGUACACGUGUGGUCUUUAUCUUGUGCCAUUUUUUUCAAUUUUUGCGGUUUGAAUGAGACUAAUUUCAUAGUUUGUGAACUUGUAUUGGAGGUUGUACCAAAAAAGUUUGUGAUAGGGUAUUUUGUAUAAAAAUUGUGUUUCAAC